AAAAUUUUCGUGACUUUGAUCGGGCAGUGGUCGGCUCAUUCGUUGCCUGGAACUCGACAGAGAAACAGACGGUAUACUGAGUGUAUGUCAGAAGUGUUGAUACAAGUGCAAUUUUAGUGUAAAGGGUGAAUAGCCUUUUGUGAUAGGUGAAGUAGACGCAGCGUGGGCGCAGGCAGCAGUACCGCCCCGGCCUCCGCGCCGCUCGCACGACACCGCCGCACAAGCGUACAACGAACGACCCCCCACCCCCCGCCACGAUGUCUUCCGGCCCCCGCCUCGUGCACAAGCAGUUCAACUCGCCCAUCGGCCUGUACUCGCAGCAGAACAUCAAGGAGACCCUCAGCAAGCACAUCCAGGACCUGGGCAAUGGCACUGUCGGGAUUGACUUCAACAACCCUAACACGGACAAGCCGGCCAACCUCGCCAACUCCGCCGUGCUGAGGAUGCUGGAGGAGGAGGAGAGAAACCGCCGAGGAUACCCCAAGCUAGAUGAGACGCAGGUGACGGCUAUUCUGGAGACCAUGGUGAGGGUCAACCACCGCUUCGAGGGCGUGUGGCCGCCGGCGCGGGGCAUGCGGGCCGCCCGCUCCUGGGACGGCCAGCUCAAUGCCACAAACAAUGUGUACUCAGAGUUCUUGAGGGCCACCAAGGGCAAAGAUCAGAAGAAGGUGGUCUGGCCCCCUGCGCCAGAGACCAACGGCUACCACUCGCCGCAGGCCCACGCCCAGCAUAGCCCCGCGCCCGCGCAGCCCUCCCCCCCUCAGCACCAGCAGCCCCCGCAGCAGCCGCAGCAGCCGCGGGAACAGCCUCGGGAGCGCACCAUCCCGAUACAGAUCCAACGGGACCCCGCCCCGCCCCAGCACCAGCCUCCUCCUCAAUACCAACACUCCCCUCAAUACCAACCCGCUCCUCAAUACCAGCAAUCUCCCCAAUACCAACCGGCACCUCAAUACCAACCCGCCCCUCAGUACCAACCCGCUCCUCAAUACCAGCAAUCCCCGCAAUACCAACCUGCUCCCCAAUACCAACAAGCCCCGCAGCCCUCGUUCUGCGAAGGCCGGCGGCAGGAGCCGUGCGGGCUCAGCAAGCUGAUCCCAGCCUCGCCUCAGCGCCCCGGCCCCGCGUCCCCGGCGCCGCAGCCCUUCACUAAGCAGCCCGGCCGCUGGGCACCCGUCUCCCCCGUCUCCCCUCAGGCGUACGGCUCGCAGCCAAACUACCCAGCCAGCCAGCAGGACUACAGCGCGCCCCCCUUCUCGCCGCCCCCGGAGUACCAGAAGACGUUCUCUCCGCCCCCAUCCACCAUCACGCUGAGGCAGCAGCCGCCCGUGCACCAGAAGCCGCCCCCGGUGUUCGCUAGCCAGCCCGCCGCCGCGUCUUUUAACGGAGGCGUAAACAUGCGUGGAGAUCAGAAGUGGCCGCCCCAGGAGGUGCGAGAGGCCGUCGCCGCAGAGAACGAGGCGCGACGCCAGCUCGCCAAGGGACCCGCCUGCAGACCUAGGAAGCUGCGGCAGUAUGAGCUAGCCGAUCUUAUCGCCCUGAACGACGCCUAGGAGCCGACUAGUCUAGUCUGUCCAUCGUUGUGAAGAAGGACUACACGUCUUUCUUCUCUCAACACGCCCUGAACAACAACUACCCUGGCUACAGAGCGCCGCCCGGCACCCAACACUAUGAGGAACUUUCUGGAAGAUCAUCGUACUGAAUACCAUCUAGAACGCAUUCACAAAAUACCUACAAUUACUAGGGAUAGGAGCGAACUAAUGGCCGCCGCGGCCGUGGCGCCAUCUGAAACGAAACUUAUCCGCGUCGACUGCAUUUACGCCGCUGAAUAAAACAUUUCACUCAAGUGUCAGAAAAGGAAAUAAUUAAAGUUUGAGCUGGCGUGAAUGCAGUCGAAAUUCAUCUCAUUUAGUCGUUGGCUUCUCUCGGUGUCUGUAGCUCAGUUAAGUCAACAAGUACAUGUUUUCAUUGGUCAUAAAUUUGAGGAGUCUUGCACUCCUUUAAAAAGGUACUUGUGUAGACUUUAGGCGAUAAAGUCUUCAGGGCAUGUACUAGAUUGGGGCUAAAAUGCUUAUUAGUGUAUGUAUUAAUUUAACCAUUAUUUAGUUCUAAGUAUAAUUUAUAACAUAAGCAUUAAGCAUCCAGCAUAACCAUUAAUAGCAUAACUCAUACUUUAUUCGUCUAGUAAUCAUAAUACCUACGAAAUAUCGUAUUAAUUUAUACGAAUUUGCUUCCUGUGCGGCUAUUAUUAAUAAUGCGAACGUAAUCAUAUUUUAUAAAACUUUAACUAUCUAUAAUACAAAUGUAAAUACAUGUUUAUCUAUGCUCAAAAUAACAAUCGAAUUGGCAACUCAUUGUAAAGAGUUUAUUUUUAUAUAUUAAAAAGCUUUUUUAUAAAUUCUACACAUUGGCUAAGCUUAAAAGUGUACCUAGUCAUGAAGAGAUUAAUCAAAAUAUUUUGUAUAUAAUAUAUGUUCAAAUAAAUAUAUCGAUUUGGUAUUUCAUAUUAAUAUAUAAUUGUACCUACUUAUAAGAAAUAAAUUCUUUAAAAUACAUAA